AUGAAACAAUUGAUCACCCAGAUGGUGUAUUUUAAAACGAACGUAGGUAUUGUUUCAGAUUCGUAUAUUGUUAUUUUUGUUGAGAUUGACCUAGAUUGUUUCGAGAGAAACGUAAAUACAUUCAAAAGUAAGCUGGAUUUUCUGAAAGAGAAGACUGUCCCUCUUAAAUAUAAAAUAUUAGACUGUCAUUCAGCGGCUCCUACUUUGCGAGAGGGUCUAAUGCAUUUUUUUUACACGGCUAUUCUUGAUGAAGAAAAAGAUGAUAUUCGGCGGAAAAGAAUGUUGAAGUUAAGAGAAUAUUUAUGGGCCACUCCGGAGCAGAACGAAGAGCAACUCGAUAGCUCGGAGUAUAACUCCGAGAGAUCAGAGGGUUCAUUCGGUAGCAGACCGAGCACCGCAGGAACAUCUGGCACUGCUGCAACAGCUGAUACACAAUCAUCUACGACGUUGGCAUCUAUUAAUGAAGAAAAUGAAGAGUUGCCAGAAGAGCACAUCCUCGAAUUCACCGCAGAUGAUAAUGUACUUAUGCAGAAUGGUGAUAUUUACAAUUCACAACUUGUUAAAGUUGAUGCUCGCUGCAUGAAGAAGUAUUUGCUUGACCAUGUAGGAGAUUCAGAGAAACUCGUUGCAAAGUUCUAUGAUCCUCGAAUGGCCAAAGAUGGAGAUAGUAAUUACAAGUACAGUAAGAAGACAUUGUUAAAAUUGUGUCUUAAGGCUUAUAAUAACGAAAGAUGGAUUUACCAAACUUUGUCAACAGAUCCAAAAUUCAACAGCUGCUACAUUCGUCAUAAAAGAGGGUAUGCGAAAGUAACUGUUGAUCGAUAUUAUCUCACGAAGGGAUACUUCAACUUGUUUCGCUAUGUCGAAACUAUAGCGUUGCUGAACGAUAUUGAAUUGUACGAAAAGGCGAGGGAGCAAUUAGAAGUAAUUCAUAAACAUGGGAUCAUUCAUGGAGAUAUAAGAGAAGAUAAUAUUCUUUGCACAAAAGACAGAAAAGUUUUCAUUAUUGAUUUUGCAUUUUCU